UGUGCUAAAAACAUAAAAGAAAAUGGGUGAUGAGAGUCAACAGGAUGUGGAAGACCGCGAGCGCAUCUUCAAGCGUUGUGACACAAAUGGCGACGGGAAAGUAUCUUCCAUGGAGCUUGGUGAGGCCCUCAAGGCACUCGGUUCAGUAUCAGUUGAUGAAGUUAAGCGGAUGAUGGCUGAGCUGGACACCGAUGGGGAUGGCUUCAUAUCAUUAGACGAGUUCACAGAGUUCGCAAAGGCCAACAGGGGCUUAAUUAGGGAUGUUGCCAAGAUUUUCUAGCCUUUCUUAUAUAUAUUUUGGUAAUGAUCUUAUUAUUAUAUCAGGGUCAUCAAGUUUUUGGAAGCUACACGUUAAUGAGUGUUUAUAUACCCGUUUAUCAUGAAGGGAG